UCACAUAGGUAAGCCUAUCUCAACGUCCCCUAAUUUGUAGACAAGAGGCCUCCACCUCGUAAAGCGACCUGAAAAUCGGGAAAAGCGGCGUGCGGCAUUCGAGCAAACCGAUAGCGAACUAGAGCGGCAGCCUCGCGAGUCUGCUUUGUUUCAUCAUCUUUUCAACAUGCAAAGCAUUAGGAAUUCCAUCUUGUGGCAUGUGAGGGUAGGGAGUUCAGCCGACAAAUGUUUGCCCACCGAGAGAGGACAUGUGAUCAAAUCUCUGAGCCGCCACAUGUGUGCAGCAGCAGGUGCCGGCGCUGAUCAAAUAAAGGACCGAGUUAUUAAAUUGGUGAAGAAAUUUGACAAAAUUGAUGCAUCUAAGGUUACUGAAACCGCUGAUUUCCAAAAGGACUUAAGCCUGGAUAGUUUAGACAGGGUCGAGCUCGUAAUGGCGUUUGAGGAAGAAUUCUCCAUUGAAAUCCCUGAAGAGAAAGCCGAUAAGUUGACCUGCUGUGCUGAUGUUGCAAGAUACAUAACUUCUGGAGCUGAGCAGAAGUGUGUUUAGUCCUCUGCCUAAUUUCCAUUUAGGAUAUGAUUUCUGUGUUCAAAAUGUCUUUUUGGGAUUUUCACAUGACAUUAAUUAACCUUAUUUUAAAGCUAUAAAAACGUAGGUAAAACCUUGAGACUGAUUAAGAUCACA